AUGUGCUCACCACUCUCUCUACCAUCUCAUGUGCUCACCACUCUCUUUGCCAUCUCAUGUGCUCACCACUCUCUUUGCCAUCCCAUGUGCUCACCACUCUCUCUACCAUCUCAUGUGCUCACCACUCUCUCUACCAUCCCAUGUGCUCACCACUCUCUCUACCAUCUCAUGUGCUCACCACUCUCUCUGCCAUCCCAUGUGCUCACCACUCUGUCUGCCAUCCCAUAUGCUCACCACUCUCUCUGCCAUCUCAUGUGCUCACCACUCUCUCUGCCAUCUCAUGUGCUCACCACUCUCUUUGCCAUCACAUGUGCUCACCACUCUCUCUGCCAUCUCAUGUGCUCACCACUCCCUCUGCCAUCUCAUGUGCUCACCACUCUCUUUGCCAUCUCAUGUGCUCACCACUCUCUCUGCCGUCUCAUGAGCUCACCACUCUCUCUGCCAUCCCAUGUGCUCACCACUCUCCAUCUCAUGUGCUCACCACUCUCUCUGCCAUCUCAUGUGCUCACCACUCUGUCUGCCAUCCCAUGUGCUCACCACUCUCUCUACCAUCUCAUGUGCUCACCACUCUCUCUGCCAUCCCAUGUGCUCACCACUCUGUCAGCCAUCUCAUGUGCUCACCACUCUCUCUUCCAUCCCAUGUGCUCACCACUCUCUCUGCCAUCUCAUGUGCUCACCACUCUCUCUGCCAUCCCAGGUGCUCACCACUCUGUCUGCCAUCCCAUGUGCUCACCACUCUCUCUGCCAUCCCAUGUGCUCACCACUCUCUCUGUCAUCCACGGUGCUCACCACUCUGUCAGCCAUCUCAUGUGCUCACCACUCUCUCUGCCAUCUCAUGUGCUCACCACUCUCUCUACCAUCUCAUGUGCUCACCACUCUCUCUGCCAUCCCAUGUGCUCACCACUCUGUCUGCCAUCCCAUGUGCUCACCACUCUCUCUGCCAUCCCAUGUGCUCACCACUCUCUCUGCCAUCUCAUGUGCUCACCACUCUCUCUGCCAUCUCAUGUGCUCACCACUCUCUUUGCCAUCCCAUGUGCUCACCACUCUCUCUACCAUCUCAUGUUCUCACCACUCUCUCUACCAUCUCAUGUGCUCACCACUCUCUCUGCCAUCCCAUGUGCUCACCACUCUGUCUGCCUUCCCAUGUGCUCACCACUCUCUCUGCCAUCUCAUGUGCUCACCACCCUCUCUGCCAUCUCAUGUGCUCACCACUCUCUCUACCAUCUCAUGUGCACACCACUCUCUCUGCCAUCCCAGGUGCUCACCACUCUGUCUGCCAUCCCAUGUGCUCACCACUCUCUCUGCCAUCUCAUGUGCUCACCACUCUCUCUGCCAUCUCAUGUGCUCACCACUCUCUUUGCCAUCACAUGUGCUCACCACUCUCUCUGCCAUCUCAUGUGCUCACCACUCCCUCUGCCAUCUCAUGUGCUCACCACUCUCUUUGCCAUCUCAUGUGCUCACCACUCUCUCUGCCGUCUCAUGAGCUCACCACUCUCUCUGCCAUCCCAUGUGCUCACCACUCUGUCAGCCAUCUCAUGUGCUCACCACUCUCUCUGCCAUCUCAUGUGCUCACCACUCUCUCUACCAUCUCAUCUGCUCACCACUCUCUCUGCCAUCCCAUGUGCUCACCACUCUGUCUGCCAUCCCAUGUGCUCACCACUCUCUCUACCAUCUCAUGUGCUCACCACUCUCUCUACCAUCUCAUGUGCUCACCACUCUCUCUGCCAUCCCAUGUGCUCACCACUCUCCAUCGCAUGUGCUCACCACUCUCUCUGCCAUCUCAUGUGCUCACCACUCUCUCUGCCAUCUCAUGUGCUCACCACUCUCUCUGCCAUCUCAUGUGCUCACCACUCUCUUUGCCAUCACAUGUGCUCACCACUCUCUCUGCCAUCUCAUGUGCUCACCACUCCCUCUGCCAUCUCAUGUGCUCACCACUCUCUUUGCCAUCUCAUGUGCUCACCACUCUCUCUGCCGUCUCAUGAGCUCACCACUCUCUCUGCCAUCCCAUGUGCUCACCACUCUGUCAGCCAUCUCAUGUGCUCACCACUCUCUCUGCCAUCUCAUGUGCUCACCACUCUCUCUACCAUCUCAUCUGCUCACCACUCUCUCUGCCAUCCCAUGUGCUCACCACUCUGUCUGCCAUCCCAUGUGCUCACCACUCUCUCUGCCAUCCCAUGUGCUCACCAAUCUCUCUACCAUCUCAUGUGCUCACCACUCUCUCUUCCAUCCCAUGUGCUCACCACUCUCUCUGCCAUCUCAUGUGCUCACCACUCUCUCUGCCAUCUUAUGUGCUCACCACUCUCUCUACCAUCUCAUGUGCUCACCACUCUCUCUGCCAUCCCAUGUGCUCACCACUCUGUCUGCCAUCCCAUGUGCUCACCACUCUCUCUGCCAUCUCAUGUGCUCACCACCCUCUCUGCCAUCUCAUGUGCUCACCACUUUCUCUACCAUCCCAUGUGCUCACCACUCUCUCUACCAUCUCAUGUGCUCACCACUCUCUCUGCCAUCCCAUGUGCUCACCACUCUGUCUGCCAUCCCAUGUGCUCACCACUCUCUCUGCCAUCCCAUGUGCUCACCAAUCUCUCUGCCAUCUCAUGUGCUCACCACUCUCUCUUCCAUCCCAUGUGCUCACCACUCUCUCUGCCAUCUCAUGUGCUCACCACUCCCUCUGCCAUCUCAUGUGCUCACCACUCUCUUUGCCAUCUCAUGUGCUCACCACUCUCUCUGCCGUCUCAUGAGCUCACCACUCUCUCUGCCAUCCCAUGUGCUCACCACUCUGUCUGCCAUCCCAUGUGCUCACCACUCUCUCUACCAUCUCAUGUGCUCACCACUCUCUCUGCCAUCCCAUGUGCUCACCACUCUGUCAGCCAUCUCAUGUGCUCACCACUCUCUCUGCCAUCUCAUGUGCUCACCACUCUCUCUACCAUCUCAUCUGCUCACCACUCUCUCUGCCAUCCCAUGUGCUCACCACUCUGUCUGCCAUCCCAUGUGCUCACCACUCUCUCUGCCAUCCCAUGUGCUCACCAAUCUCUCUGCCAUCUCAUGUGCUCACCACUCUCUCUUCCAUCCCAUGUGCUCACCACUCUCUCUGCCAUCUCAUGUGCUCACCACUCUCUCUGCCAUCUUAUGUGCUCACCACUCUCUCUACCAUCUCAUGUGCUCACCACUCUCUCUGCCUUCCCAUGUGCUCACCACUCGGUCUGCCAUCCCAUGUGCUCACCACUCUCUCUGCCAUCUCAUGUGCUCACGACCCUCUCUGCCAUCUCAUGUGCUCACCACUCUCUCUACCAUCUCAUGUGCACACCACUCUCUCUGCCAUCUUAUGUGCUCACCACUCUGUCUGCCAUCCCAUGUGCUCACCACUCUCUCUGCCAUCCCAUGUGCUCACCACUCUCUCUGUCAUCCACGGUGCUCACCACUCUGUCAGCCAUCUCAUGUGCUCACCACUAUCUCUGCCAUCUCAUGUGCUCACCACUCUCUCUACCAUCUCAUGUGCUCACCACUCUCUCUGCCAUCCCAUGUGCUCACCACUCUGUCUGCCAUCCCAUGUGCUCACCACUCUCUCUACCAUCUCAUGUGCUCACCACUCUCUCUACCAUCUCAUGUGCUCACCACUCUCUCUGCCAUCCCAUGUGCUCACCACUCUGUCUGCCAUCCCAUGUGCUCACCAUUCUCUCUGCCAUCCCAUGUGCUCACCACUCUCUCUGCCAUCUCAUGUGCUCACCACUCUCUCUGCCAUCUCAUGUGCUCACCACUCUCUUUGCCAUCCCAUGUGCUCACCACUCUCUCUACCAUCUCAUGUGCUCACCACUCUCUCUACCAUCUCAUGUGCUCACCACUCUCUCUGCCAUCCCAGGUGCUCACCAUUCUCUCUGCCAUCUCAUGUGCUCACCACUCUCUCUGCCAUCCCAUGUGCUCACCACUCUCUUUGCCAUCCCAUGUGCUCACCACUCUCUCUGCCAUCCCAUGUGCUCACCACUCUCUCUGCCAUCCCAUGUGCUCACCACUCUCUCUGCCAUCUCAUGUGCUCACCACUCUCUCUGCCAUCCCAUGUGCUCACCACUCUCUCUGCCAUCUCAUGUGCUCACCACUCUCUCUGCCAUCUCAUGUGCUCACCACUCUCUUUGCCAUCACAUGUGCUCACCACUCUCUCUGCCAUCUCAUGUGCUCACCACUCCCUCUGCCAUCUCAUGUGCUCACCACUCUCUUUGCCAUCUCAUGUGCUCACCACUCUCUCUGCCGUCUCAUGAGCUCACCACUCUCUCUGCCAUCUCAUGUGCUCACCACUCUCUCUGCCAUCUCAUGUGCUCACCACCCUCUCUGCCAUAUCAUGCCUACCCUCGUCCUUGUGGCUGUGGGACGUUUGGGGGAAACCGUGGGGAAAUCCUUACCUCGUCAUCAUGCCCGACAUAA